AUGCCGACGGUCGUUCAGAUAAACCUGAAGCGCAGCUCCCACGCUUCAGCUAAUCUGGGGGUCCUUCUCCGGGAGAAGGACAUCGACAUCGGCCUUAUACAAGAGCCAUGGACGAGGGACGGACAAAUCUCCGGCAUGGCCAUAAAGGGAUACACAACAUUGUACACAAAUUCGACAGGUAGGCCGAGGGCGGGUAUAAUCAUUAAAAACAACCUUAAUGCUCUUCUUUACCCCAAUCUCAGCAACUUAGAUCUAGCAGUGGCAAGAUUCAAGGCGGCGGAUGGGACAGCCAUACUAAUAGCCUCCAGUUACAUGGCCCACGACGAACCUGCACCACCUGAAGCGGUCAAUAGGGUGAUGCAGUGGGCCGAGGAGACUAAGACGACGCUCAUCCUCGGGUGCGAUGCCAACGCAAGGCACACACUGUGGGGAAGUAAGGAGACAAACGAAAGGGGUGAGUCCCUCUUCGAUAGUAUUAUAUGUCGUGACGUCAAUAUCUGUAACAAGGGAAACACGCCCACCUUCAUCUUUCCAAGCACGGAAGGAUUUCAGGGCUGGGAGGAAGUCCUAGACAUAACCCUCCAAAUGGAGCAUAGUGAUUACAAGGUAAGAAAUUGGAGAGUCUGUACACAAGACUCGUUUUCAGACCACAGGUACAUAUUCUUCGAAAUCGUGAUGCCGGUAUGUGAAACGGCGCCGAAGCGAAACCCUCGAAACACUGACUGGGACAAAUACGGAAAGAUUGUACAGUCAAAGGUCAAAGACAGAAGGAUCAAGACCCGAUCCACCCCGGAGAGAAUAGAUAAGGAAGUCGAGGACUUCACAAAUAUUCUGAACAAAGCCUACAAAGAGUCAUGCAGACUAACAUACUCUAAAAAGACAUACCCACCAUGGUGGAACAAAGAGCUAUGCGAGCUCAGAAAGAAAGUUCGGAAAGCCUUCAACACAAGUUACGGUACCAAAGACUGGCAGCCGUACAAAGCAAUACACAAAGAAUACAAAAAGGCAAUCUACGUAGCCAAGAAGGAAUCUUGGAGCAGCUACUGUGAAUCGCUUGAAGGAGUCAAAGACGGCGAGGCUAAGUAA